AUGACUGUGCUGAGUCCAGGCGUUCACUUUGGGGACGCUGAGAGUGAGGACGAGGACUGGUGGGGAGGUUGGGAAGCAGAAGACGAAGGCGAGCUUGGCGAAUGGAAGUGGGCCAUGGUUGUCGUCAAAGAGGGCGAACACAAGAAGAAGACCGGGAUCGUCACGGCCAUCCAUGGCCACUGCCCGCGACACAAGCACCCCUUGGAGAAGAUGAAGGAAGAUGAUGACCCUUUCGAAGACGAGAAGCCAAAGGAGGAGGACAAGAAGCAAAAGAAGAAGAAAGGUCCUCGACUCGAGUGUGAGAUGUGCAAG